GGGUUAACAGUGUGUAAAUGACAAGUUGAAGGGGAAAACGCCUGUGUUCGGCUGAGGCGCUGUUAUUUGUUGCAGGUUCACGCUAUCGUUAAAUUAGGACAUGGAUUGUUGUUGUGAGACCCAUUCGGUUGCUUGUAGAGACUGACCGUGGGACUAGCUAAAUAAGAUAACCGCCCGUCGAUUAGAUUAUUUUCUGCGAAUUCCACAAAGACGUAUCGGUUGGGAUAUCAGGAACGAGGCCACAGACAGACCAAACGGCUUUCAGCUCCAGCGCGAAAUGGUCACGUCUACAUUAUGGCUUUUCAUCCUACCAGUAGUAUGUCUUCAGCUUUGUGCAUUUUCCCGGGAUGCCAGUCCAAGAUGUGCGCAUUAAGUCCAUGUGCGUGCAAGAAGGAAUCCUCUCUACAAAUUCUCUCGGCCUCCCGAAUAGAAUGUGAGCAGUCUCAGUUUCAGUGUGGAAAUGGUCGGUGUAUUCCAUCUGUGUGGAAGUGUGAUGGUGAUCAGGACUGCUCAGAUGGCAGUGACGAGACUUCCUGCGUGAGGAAGACCUGUGCAGAAGGGGACUUUGUCUGUCACAGUGGUCAGUGUGUGCCCAAGAGAUGGCAGUGCGAUGGUGAGCCGGACUGUGAGGAUGGCUCAGAUGAAAGUAUUGAGAUGUGCCACAUGAGAACAUGUCAAGUGAAUGAGUUUAGUUGUGGUGUGGGUUCUACACAGUGCAUUCCGGUCUUCUGGAAGUGUGAUGGUGAAAAAGAUUGUGAUAACGGGGAAGACGAGAUAAAUUGUGGUAACAUUACAUGUGCCCCUCUGGAGUUCACCUGUGCCAGUGGUCGCUGUGUGUCUCGUAAUUUUGUCUGCAAUGGUGAGGAUGACUGUGGCGAUGGUAGUGACGAGCAGGGCUGUGCUCCAUCCUCCUGUGGUCCUAGUGAAAUUCCCUGUGGAAACAACACAUGCAUUCCUAGGACCUGGUUAUGCGAUGAUGAUGUGGACUGCCCAGACCAACUGGAUGAGUCACCUGAGCGUUGUGGCCACAACCCGACCCCGCCGGCCAAGUGUUCAUCCAGUGAGAUGCAGUGUGGUUCUGGGGAAUGCAUUCACAGAAAGUGGCGCUGCGAUGGUGACCCAGACUGCAAAGAUGGCAGCGAUGAGAAAAACUGUUCUGUCCGUACCUGCAGGCCUGACCAGUUCAAAUGUGAUGACGGCAGCUGUAUUCAUGGCAGCAGGCAGUGCAAUGGAUUCCGAGAUUGUGGAGAUGGUACAGAUGAAGCGAACUGCAAGAAUGUAACCCAGUGUAACGGCCCUGACAUGUUCAAAUGUCGAAGUGGAGAAUGCAUUGAGAUGAAUAAAGUGUGUAAUAAGGCCCGUGACUGCCCUGACUGGAGUGAUGAACCCAUCAAAGAGUGCAAUAUGAAUGAAUGCCUGCUGAACAAUGGAGGCUGCUCACACAUCUGCAGCGAUAUGACAAUCGGCUAUGAGUGUGACUGCCCACCAGGACUCCAGCUCAUUGAUCACAAGACCUGCGGUGAUGUCAAUGAGUGUCUGAACCCUGGUAUAUGUAGUCAGAUUUGUAUUAAUCUUAAGGGAGGCUACAAGUGUGAGUGUCACAAUGGCUACCAGAUGGAUCCCACCACUGGAGUGUGCAAAGCUGUAGGUAAAGAGCCCUGUCUUAUUUUCACCAAUCGAAGAGACAUUCGCAGACUGGGUCUUGAGAGACGUGAAUACACUCAGAUUGUAGAGCAUCUGCGGAACACUGUAGCACUGGAUGCUGACUUCACUCAGCAGAAGAUAUUUUGGGCUGAUCUGGGACAAAAAGCAAUUUUCAGCACAGUAUUGGAGAAGCAGGAAAAUGGAGAAAGUCAUACCAAGGUCAUUGACAAUGUUAACAUGCCUGUUGGAAUAGCAGUGGACUGGAUUUACAAAAACAUCUACUGGUCAGACCUGGGCAGUAAGAGCAUUGCCGUUGCCAACUUCAAUGGGACCAAGAGGAAGGUGCUGUUUGACAGUGGUCUAAAGGAACCAGCCUCUAUUGCUGUAGAUCCUCUAUCAGGGUUUCUGUAUUGGUCAGACUGGGGUGAACCAGCUAAGAUUGAAAAGUCUGGAUUAAAUGGAGUUGACAGACAGGUCCUGGUUGAGAGGGACAUUCAGUGGCCCAAUGGAAUCACUCUUGAUCUGAUCAAGAGUAGACUCUACUGGGUGGAUUCUAAGCUGCACAUGCUCUGUAGUGUAGACCUGAACGGAGACAACCGCCAAAAAGUCCUGCAGUCCCCAUAUUACCUUUCCCACCCUUUGGCUCUGACAGUUUUUGAGGAUCGAGUAUUCUGGACAGAUGGGGAAAAUGAGGCCAUCUAUGGGGCAAACAAGUUUACCGGUUCUGAUGUAACCAUGCUGGCCAGUAACCUUAAUGAGCCACAGGACAUCAUUGUGUACCAUGAGCUUAUUCAGCUGUCUGGGACAAAUUGGUGCAAUGAGAAGGUGGAGAAUGGAGGCUGUUCGUUCAUGUGUCUGCCAGCUCCACAGAUUAAUAAACACUCCCCUAAAUACACCUGUAUGUGUCCACAAGGUCAGACACUAGCUCAAGACGGACUGCGUUGCAGACCAGAACUGAAGGUUGCCACUGACACAGUUAAAACCGAAGGAAAUAUUAGUACCUCUAUACAUGAAGUCAGUUCAUCAGCCAAAGGGUCUGCUGCAGCCUGGGCCAUUCUUCCUGUGUUGUUGUUGGCCAUGGCUGCUACAGGUGGUUACUUGAUGUGGCGCAACUGGCAGAUCAAAAACAAGAAGAGCAUGAACUUUGAUAAUCCAGUGUACCUCAAGACCACAGAAGAAGACCUCAGUAUUGAUAUUAGUAGACAUUCUGCUUCUGUUGGCCACACAUACCCUGCAAUUUCAGUGGUAAACACAGAAGAUGACUUGUCAUAACCAGAGCACUCUACAAUGCUCCUGUUAAUUUACCACUGCACUAAUGGCAACUGCUGCAGAUUCAGCGGCCUCACAACCCAGAUGCCUUCUCAAUGUGCUUUUUGUUUCUUAGAGUAAGUGAUUUGUGGUACGAGACAGAAUAUCUGUUCACACUGGGUGUGCUCUAAAAGCAUCAUAGAAUUCUGAGGACAUGGCUUUUCACCUCGACAAAUACUAUAAUGGUCCCAAAAUUAUUUUCGAAGGCUUGAUUUCUACAUACAAGGAUGUGAGCUGCAGAACCAGAAUUCAGAUCUAGAUGGUCUCUUUGUCUGAAAUAUUUAAAUAAAAUGCAUUUUUUUUAGAAUGUCUGAGAUGUAUUUUUCUUUUUGUUUUCCUAAGGAAUGUUAUUUCUUACAUUUAUUUAAACCAUACUGUUCUUUCUCUGUUAAAAUAGCUCUAUAAGGUGAAGUGCUGUUAAAUCAUCUGUAAAACACUGUAUAUAUCCCUCUCUUGAAAACAUAAUCAGGGCUAUUGAAGCACUUUGGUCAAAUGUUCUUCUGUAAAUAAGAUAUACAAGUGUGUACAGAGACAUUUUUGCUAUGGUUGGGCAUUGUACCAGGGUAGAAUAUAAUGUAUUUAAAAAAAAAGGUUUGUUAAAACUAUUUUGUAUGUUUGUGUGCAGUUUCUGUGACCUUUUAUAGCAUUGUACAGGGGAGCAGAAUGCUCUGUAAUUGUGAAACAUUUGCAAAACACAUAAAAUAAAAUGAAUAUUUAAAUUGU